GAUCCCUGGAGCGCAAUGAAGUAGCCUCUGGAGAGGAGGGAGGGGGCCCGUCCGACAGCCACAGCGGCCAGCGCAGCGGCACCACCGUCACCGCUCGCACCCCAGCCGCCCGGCCCGCGAGGAGGCAGCGGCGGCCGCGGGCGGGAGCGGAGGCGGCGGCGGAGAGGCGGCGAGGAGCAGCAGGAGGAGCAGGAGCGCGCCGCCGGCGGGGCCACGCACCUCGGCACUUCCAGAGCAACUCCGGCGCCUUCCACAGCCCUGCCCGGGGCUGGGGGCUCCGGGAGCGGCCGCGAAGCCAGCCCGACCCUCCUCCCGAUCCUGCCCAGCCCUGCGCCUCCCGGGCUCCGCUCCGCGCGGCGGGGUCCCCGCUCCUGCGCCCCGGGCGCGCCUCUCGGGCACCCCGGUCCCCGCAGCCAGGACAAAGCCAUGAAGCCGGCGCUGCUGGAAGUGAUGAGGAUGAACAGAAUUUGCCGGAUGGUGCUGGCCACUUGCUUGGGAUCCUUUAUCCUGGUCAUCUUCUAUUUCCAAAGUAUGUUGCACCCAGUCAUGCGGAGGAACCCCUUUGGCGUGGACAUCUGCUGCCGGAAGGGGUCUCGAAGCCCCCUGCAGGAACUCUACAACCCGACCCAGCUGGAGCUCUCGAAUGCCGCCGUCCUGCACCAGAUGAGGCGGGACCAGGUCACAGACACGUGCCGCGCUAACAGCGCCGUGAGCCGCAAGAGGCGCGUGUUGACCCCCAACGACCUGAAGCACCUGGUGGUGGACGAGGACCACGAGCUCAUCUAUUGCUACGUGCCCAAGGUGGCGUGCACCAACUGGAAGCGGCUCAUGAUGGUCCUGACGGGGCGGGGCAAGUACAGCGACCCCAUGGAGAUCCCGGCCAACGAGGCGCACGUCUCGGCCAACCUGAAGACCCUGAACCAGUACAGCAUCCCAGAGAUCAACCACCGCUUGAAAAGCUACAUGAAGUUCCUGUUCGUCCGGGAGCCCUUCGAGAGGCUGGUGUCCGCCUACCGCAACAAGUUCACGCAGAAGUACAACACCUCCUUCCACAAGCGCUAUGGCACCAAGAUCAUCAAGCGCCAGCGGAAGAACGCCACCCAGGAGGCUCUGCGCAAAGGCGACGACGUCAAGUUCGAGGAGUUUGUGGCCUAUCUCAUCGACCCGCACACCCAGCGCGAGGAGCCCUUCAACGAGCACUGGCAAACCGUCUACUCCCUCUGCCACCCGUGCCACAUCCAUUACGACCUCGUGGGCAAGUACGAGACGCUGGAGGAGGACUCUAAUUACGUCCUGCAGCUGGCAGGCGUGGGCAGCUACCUGAAGUUCCCCACCUAUGCCAAGUCUACGAGAACUACUGAUGAAAUGACCACAGAGUUCUUCCAGAACAUCAGCUCAGAGCACCAAACGCAGCUGUACGAAGUCUACAAACUCGAUUUUUUAAUGUUCAAUUACUCAGUGCCAAGCUACCUGAAAUUGGAAUAAAGGGGGUGGGGAGGGGGAGAGAAUCAUGCUUUUUAAUUUAAGAUUUUUAUUUGUCAAAAGAAUUAUAUGGAUAUUGGGUUAUUUUGUAAAUUAAUAUUUCUUUGGGGAUGAUGCUGCGAGCAGCAUAGUGAGAAUUAUUUAAAAUCCUUAGUAGGGAAGGACGGCUGUCUUUGCAGGGGAAUAGGAUGGGUGUCCUUGUUUUUAGAUAUGAAUACUGCAACACUGUCUCAAAGGUUUCCUUGUCUUCUGGUGAAUUCCAUGAAUUGUGCAUCCCAUAAAUUCUAAUUAAUGUUAUUUAUAGUUAUUUAAACAUGGUCUCUGUAUAGAUUUCUUUUUGUGGCAGCAAGAUUCUUGUGUCUUUGCAGAAGAAAUCUAUGUUUUGUUCUGUGCUUGCUACAGCUCAUUGUGAGGCAUGAAUGUUCUCUUUACUAACGGCUCAUAGAGUCACUGCGUGAUAACCACCACAUGAUGGCUGUUGAUGCCACCAUGCUUGAAAUGCUCUAGAAAUAAAUAGAAAGAGGCACCUUGGCAA